AUGUCCAAUCGUCUGUUAAUAUUCGGCCUCCUGCUGCUAUCCACGCAGCUUCUCCACCGCGUCAAUGCCUCAGAAGCCACCAUCGAUAUCACGAUCAGUGCCGAGGAUCUGGCGGAUGAUUCGGAAGAAUCGAAAGAAGAUAUCAGCGACCCUGUGAUGCCCGAUGAGAAGGCUGAUAUCGAAUUUAGCAAUAAUUGCACGGCGAUGACGAAGGCCAACGACAAGGAGAUCUGCCAGAUGAUCCAGCGGUGGUCCAAGCAAGUUCAUAAAGAAGUAGUCAAACGCAAGGAGGAGUGCAACAACCGUGGGAUGGGAAUCAACCAGGUGUUCAUCGGAAUCAAAAAGAAGGCGGCGCAGGCUGUAAACACCACGGUGAACGGGCGAUUCGGAUUGGCUUUGGAUCGUGAUGCUGCCAUUCAGGCGCAUUGCAACACUCGGCGUGCUCCCAGGCAACAACUCAUCCAGGAAAAGCAUGAAAUCAGGGCGAAGCGGCAAAGGUUGAAUCAGGGACCCAUGGGGAUUACGGAGCUCCGCGGCUAUGUCGCCGCGCGAAAAGACGCGAAACACGCUGCGGCAAACGCGACGCACGAGCUGCAAGCGGCCCAGCAGCAGCUGAAGACACUCGUUGACAGCAAGGCCCCAAAAGUGCAGCUUGACGCCCAACGAAAAUUGGUCAACCAGGCACGAUCAAGAAACCAGCGGGCCAUCAAAAAAUUGCAGAACGCUAUCAACGAGCACAAGAUUGCGAAGCGCCGGUUCGUGACGCUGCACCCGAAAAACGCCGCCGUCCUGGCCGCCAAGCAAAAACUGGAGCAGCAGCAGAAGAAGGCCGGGAAAGUUGGAGGAGCUGUCCUGAAGCCGAUUCUGGCCGCGAGACCGCCUGGAAAACCCCGCGGAAAGCGAGCUGCCACCAAUUCCACGACGCUCCGCGCCGACGGAAAGGGAGUGGACGUGAAGGCGACAAGCUAUGAAGAGUGCAUGACCAUCGCUUGUCUAUGCAAAUUUUGGAAUGGUACCGCUUCUCAAAACUGCACCUACAAGGGGGUACCAUUGACAAAGUCGAUCCGCAAGGAGUACCACAUGCUGACCGACGCGGAGCGGGAGCGCUACCACGCCGCGCUCACCAAGCUGAAGGAGAAGGGCGUGUACGAUGUUUUUGCCACGUUCCACGCCGCCGCCGCCCACGCCGUCAACGCACACAACGGCCCAGCUUUUCUUCUAUGGCAUAGAGAGCUGUCGAAGCGUUACGAGCUCGAGCUCCGCAAAAUUGACCCGCUCGUCGGCCUCCCCUACUGGCUGAGCAGCGUCAACAACUACGCCCCAAAACAGGGCGAAAUUGUGUGGCGCUCGCAGAAGCAGAUCACGUUUAGCGACACCUUCAUGGGCACCCCAGUGGGAGCGAUCACGGCUGGACCAGCGGCUGGUUGGAAUAACACGGCUAAAACCGGUCCUCUCACCCGAAACGUCGGUCGUAGUCUUGUGUACUACGUCACCACCACCGUUUCGCAGAUCAUGAAAUACGCCUCGGAUUACACGUACAUAUUCCGGGUUUUGGACCCGAUUAAGACAUGUACCAUCGAUUGGUUCAAAUCCCCGGACCCCAGCCUCGAGUUGUAUCACGGAUAUGCGCAUACCAGCGUUGGAGGUGAUAUGGGUGAUACACCAACAGCCGGAGCUGAUCCGCUAUUCUUCAUGCACCAUGCCGUCUACGAUCAGAUUUUCGAGAUGUGGCGUCAAAAGUGGCAGGAUCGUGAUGAGCGUGAAACACAGUACCCCUCGGAUGACAUUAUAUCUGGAUGCGUAUCUUCCACCCAUUCUGGUGGAGCGGCGUUGGAGCCGUUCACAAAUCUUAGGGUUAUCGACGCGCUCUCGAACCUGUACACGGACGAGCUCUACGAGUACGGGGCACCACCAAGCUGUUCGGCCGCCAAGCCAGAUUGUGGCAGUCCGUACUUGUUCUGCUCGUUGAGCAACGUCUCGUGGUGGGAGACGGCCGACUCGAUGGUCAAGUGCAUGGCCAAGAUUUUGCCUGGGGGAUCGUGCGGCGACUUCGUGAAGGGCGAGAGCCCGUGCUACCAGGGGAAAUGCGUCAACGGGACUUGUGUUGCAGUC